AAGGCGCUUUAUUGACAUUCUGCAUUGAAUUUGCUGUAACAGUAGAACAAAGUAUGAUAGUCUCUUUAGUAAACCUUGACCCAGCUAAAAAUAUAUUUUAAGAAACAACUCCUUUAUGCUGGGUUUAGCUCGUAAAUGCUUUCUGUACAGAAUAAGUUAUUUCCUCCUUUCUACAUGCGUCUCGGGACUGGCGCUGCUGACUGCGCGUGGAAUCUUACAUCGCGUUUGUUGGGUGUGAACCGCUAUGACUGGUGACCCAGGCAAGGAGGCAGAAGCCAGGUAGGAUCGUCUGUCACCCAGUUAACCGCGCGUGCCUUCCACAAGUGGAGACCCCUGCUCGACCCCACAGCACCAGAUUGGAGAAGAGGACUACAUAUCCCAGAAGUCCCUGAGCAGCAGACUUCCCAGGACGUCUCUAGGCAGCAUCCACAGGCUGGAGACCAUGCAGUGCAGGAUUGCCCUGUUAGAUGGCUCCGACUAUACCUGCACAGUGGAGAAAAAGGCCAAAGGUCAGGUCCUGUUUGAUAAAGUGUGUGACCACCUCAACCUUCUGGAGAAGGACUACUUCGGCCUCACCUACCGCGAUGCAGAAAACCAGAAGAACUGGAUGGACCCUGCCAAGGAACUGAAGAAGCAGAUCAGGGCUGGCCCAUGGAACUUUGGGUUUAAUGUGAAGUUCUAUCCUCCUGAUCCCGCCCAGCUCUGUGAGGACAUCACUAGGUACAAUCUGUGCCUGCAGCUCCGAGACGACGUGGUGUCCGGGCGGCUUCCCUGCUCCUUUGCCACGCACUCCCUCCUGGGCUCCCUGGUGGCCCAGUCCGAGCUGGGCGACCACGAUCCCGAGCUGUGCGCCGACUACGUCGGUGACCUUCGCCUCGCCCCCAACCAGACCAGAGAGCUGGAGGAGAAAGUCACGGACCUGCACCGCAACUACAAAGGAAUGACUCCUGCUGAGGCAGAGAUGCUGUUUCUGGAAAAUGCCAAAAAGCUGUCCAUGUAUGGAGUAGAUCUGCAUCAUGCCAAGUUGGUAGGGAGACUCUCUGAAAGCUUAGCAGCAGCUAAAGAAGAGGACUCGGAGGGUGUGGAGAUCAUGCUGGGUGUGUGCGCCAGUGGUCUGCUCAUCUACAGAGACCGACUGCGCAUCAACCGCUUUGCCUGGCCCAAAAUCCUCAAGAUAUCCUACAAGAGGAACAACUUCUACAUCAAGAUCCGGCCCGGAGAGCUUGAGCAGUUUGAGAGCACAAUUGGCUUCAAGCUUCCCAACCACAAAGCAGCAAAGAGACUGUGGAAGGUCUGCGUGGAACAUCACACCUUUUUCAGGCUGGUGUCUCCUGAGGCUCCUCCUAAGAAGUUCCUGUCCCUGGGCUCCAAGUUCCGCUACAGCGGGCGGACGCAGGCCCAGACACGCCGGGCCAGCUCCCAGAUCAACCGUCCUGCCCCGCAAGUCCAACGUUUGGCCAGCAAACGGCACACGACCUCCCGUAGCCUGUCUGUGGACAUAGCUCCAACAACGGCCAACAGUGACAACCUGAUGCGGGACUCAGAACCUGCCAUUGCCACGGGUACCCUCGUCACCACGGCAACGCCGGAGAAGAUGGCGGACGGAGAGAAAGCUAUGGAGGAAGGGAGCACAGCUGCUAAAGAGACAUCCGAACCAGCUCCUCCCUCUCCCGUUGCCAAGAGUAGUUUCAUCAGAUGGAUAAAGGGAGAAAAUGUCUUUGCCAAACACAGUAAUCUCAUGUUGGAGACACAAGACGCCAAAGCAGAACCCUCUCAGGAUGUUUCGGAGGAGAAACCAGAGCUCCCUGAGUCGCAGUCCACUAAGUGCUCAUGUGACCGGCAGGGGGAGACCGUAGUCGUAGAGGAAGUGCCGGAGGAAGAGGAUGAAGCAGAGAGUGUGAAGAGACAGCCUCUGCUUUAUGAGGGUCAGGAGGAAGAGUCACGUCUUGGCGAGGCUCGGGAGGUGGGCUCACCCCUUUAUGAGGCUAGGAAGGCGGAGCAACCCUCUUACAAGGUUUGGGAGGAGGGACCGCCCUCUUCCAGGAAUCAGAGUUUGUUCCUGUAUGAGACUCAUGAUGUGCAGCGGACCCCUUCCAAGCUUCGUGAGGCGGAGUCACCCUCUUCGGGGGCCCUGGGGGCGGAGUUAUCAGCAGCCGUGACGAGGGCUGAAACACCAAGAGGUGCCAUGAGGGAGGAAGGUAGUGUCUGGGAGACCCAUCCGGCUCCCCUGUGCGGCUUGGCUGAGGAUGUGGCGGCGCUUGAAGCCGCAGUCUCGGAGCCGGCCGGCGAGAGCGACACACACCGGUCACGUACUGAAGAUGAACGCCCAGCCACGGGUCUGAGCGAAGAGCCGGGAGCCCGAGUGAGUAAGGAAGCUGGCGCAGCAGCACCCUCUGCUGGCAAACCUCAGACGUACAUCGCAGAGGUUGGGAGCAAAGACCUUUCCGCUCCGCUGGCGGUGGAAGAGAAAACAGAAGAAGAAGGGCAGGAAAACGAUGGGAAACGCCAGCUGUCUGAGGCUGCAGCAGCGAAUGAGGAGGAGAAUUCAGAGGAGAUGGGCACCGAACAGCUAGACAGGGAGAAUUGGAAGGUGCUUCGUGUUGGUCAGUCUGCUGAUUCACACACCGGUGAGCUGGAAGGAGCAAACCCAGGUACACACGGUGAGAGCAAGCUGACCGGGUUGGGGAAGAGUGCCAGUGCAGUGCGGUUUGGGUCGUCGUGUCGGGGGGGUAACCACGUGGAACAGGCUCAGGAGGAGACCGAAUGCAUUGUAUGGAAAGGGGAAGAAGAAGAUUCUGUAAGGCUGGACGGCCACGCGCCGCCGCACGCGCUGUGCGACGAAAACCAAGAGCAGGCCGAGAUCCAGUCCGGAUCAGGAGCGAAAGGUGACAGGGAAGUGGAACAGGUCCCACAGGAAGUAGGGAGGACAAAGCAGGAAACAGAGACGCUCGAGCAGUCCGAAGAGCCAGAGAAGGCCGUGGUGACCAAAGAAGUGUCCGUGAUCCACACCGAGACCAAGACCAUCACGUAUGAGUCUUCUGAGGUCGAUGCAAAUGGCGACAUGGAGCCUGGCGUCUUGAUGAGCGCACAGACCAUCACUUCAGAGAACAACAGCACCACGACCACCACGCACAUCACAAAGACGGUAAAGGGAGGCAUAUCGGAGACGAGAAUCGAAAAGAGGAUCGUCAUCACAGGAGAUGCGAACAUCGAUCACGACCAGGCUCUGGCUCAGGCCAUAAAAGAGGCUAAAGAGCAGCACCCAGACAUGUCGGUCACCAAAGUAGUGGUUCAUAAAGAGACGGAGAUCACACCUGAGGAAGGUGGCCAAUGAAGCAGGAAUAAAGCCAGUCUGCCAGAGGAGCACACCAUUUCCCCACCCACAUGGACUCCUGCGACCUCCGAGUCAUGACCCUUGACCUCAGACACAGGUAGCCCAGAGGAUCACGCCAUCCACACGCCGGCAAGGUGGAGAAGCAAUCCUUCCCAGCCCCGCCCUGCUCUACAAACCAGACUGAUAUUCCCCCCAGCGGCGACCUCUGAGGACACCCCACCAUACACAUGAUGAGGAAGUCAGAUAACGAAGAAACUUGCUGCCAUGAGCAGUAACCUCAAGAAGCAGCAGAACUAGAGAAAUAUUCUCCAAAUCACAAAUUCUUUAACUGCCUUAAAAAAAAUUAAUAAGUUUUUUAAUUGCAAAAUGUUUAAUUUAUGCAACUUCAAUUUAUUUAUAGUCCAACAGUCUAAUGUGGGAAUUGUAGACUACAUAUGAAAGGAACUUUGAAUACGUAUAUGAUCAAAUAUGUUUGUAAAUUUAAGAGCAGAGACAUAAUCAUCUGACAAACACGUUGCAAAUCACUCCAGUAUUCCAGGGAUUACUCCAGUUUUUCUUCCAGAUUAAACCUAGUGCAGGUCUCCUAAUGAUUUUCAGUGGAGAACUCCAAUCAUCAGGUCAGUUUACUUCUGAGACUAAUCUUAAUUUUCAUGUGGAAAACCAUGUCAAAAGACUGAAGGUAUUAUGGGUUUUUUUGCUCCAGGACAUCACUUAGCAUACUUGUUAGCUUGUUAGCUAAACGUGACACUUUUCUGCAAUGUUUGUACUCAGAUCAUAAUAGUGAUUGUUAUUUCCUAACUACCAAAAUAUUACUACAAACGGAAAACACUCCUGCAAUAUCUGAAGGGCUGCUUUUGGUUUCCUUGGUAACCCGCGAAGCCCAAGGUGGACCUUCCUCCUCUUCCUCCUCUUCCUGGGCUGAAGAUGCAGGAAAGAGCAGAACUGCACGUGUGGCGUGUGCUGUAGGAGGUUUAGAGGGGUUGGGAGUCGGCAGACCCUUGAGGCUUUUCAUGCUUUUUCUGUCUUCCUUCUUUUUUUUUUUUGGUAACCUUGAUAUCACCAGUCAAAGGUCAUAGUUGAAAGUGCCUCAAGCGGUUCGUCUUCCUCCCGAGACCUAGUAUUGUGAAUCCAGUAGGCAUUCUCCUGCUUCACAGUCAGCCUCAAGUACACAUACAACUACCGCAGAAAUGAAUUUGUGUGAUUUAUUUUGGUUUUAUUUUUGAAUAAACUACUUUUAAAUCAA